UUUGCUAAUGGAAGAAGACUUGUGGAUCAAUGUGUCCUGACGAUGAGAAAUGCGAUGGCGAAAUGUCAAGAUGACAACUGGGAUUGCAAAUGUAGUGCUCAAGCGAACAUCGCCAAACGUUCCCGCUACUUGGGUCACCCCGGACCUGCAGCGGCGACCCCGGCACAGAUCAGCGAUGUUAACGAUGACGAAUUCGAUAACAAGAAGUCGGCAUCUUCUAGCGAGCCAACAAAGUCCUUGAAGGCAGAAAAUAGCGCGAAGACAUCGGAGGGGGCGGCGGCUGGCAAUGCUGCUGGAAGCUGGUUGGCUCUUGUGGGAUUGGGAAUUGGAAUGGCCUUUUGA